AUGUCUGUGGCACGGACGCUGACGACCUUGUCCAUCCGGCGGGGCGAGCGCGAGCUCGUGGCGCCGGCGAGGCCCACGCCCUACGAGUUCAAGGUGCUCUCCGACAUCGACGACCAGGAGGUCCUCCGCUUCUAUCGCUCCGGCGCCUUCUUCUACCGCGGCGACGCCUCCAAGUCCGGCAUUGACCCGGCGAAGGCCAUCAAGUCGGCGAUCUCGGAGGCGCUCGUGCACUACUACCCUCUCGCCGGCCGGUUCCGGGAGCUCCAGCCGACGAGGAAGCUCGUGGUCGAGUGCACGGGGGAGGGGGUCGUGUUCGUCGAGGCGGACGCCGACGUCCGGAUGGAAGACUUUGGAAACUCGCUGGCACCGCCGGUGCCAUGUUACGAUGAGCUGUUGCCCGAGCAGGAGAGAGCGACCGCCGUUGUCGUCGACCGUCCUUUGCUCUUUGUUCAGGUGACGCGGCUGAGGUGCGGAGGCUUCGUCUUCGGGUUCCAGAUAUGCCACUGCAUCGCCGACGGCCCGGGGAUCGUGCAGUUCCUGACGGCGCUGACGGAGUUCACCCGCGGCGUGCCGGGCGCGCCGACCGUGCGGCCGGUGUGGCAGCGCGAGCUCCUCACGGCGAGCUGGCCGCCGGCUACCGCGCACGACCACGUGGAGUACGCGCCUCUCCCCGACCCCGGAAAGGACGUGGUCUCCUCCUCGGACAUCUUCUCGCAGCACACGUUCUUCUUCGGCCCCCGCGAGAUCGAGGCGCUCCGGUCCCAGGCCCCGCCGGCGCUGCGCACCGCCGCGUCGCGGUUCGACCUGAUCGGCGCCUUCAUGUGGCGGUGUCGUGCCGCCGCGCUGCGGUACGGCCCGGACGAGCUGGUCCGGCUGCACAUGUUCGUGAACGGCCGGGUGAGGAACAGGAGCCGGCACCGCCUGCCGAGGGGCUACUACGGCAACUCGUUCGCGUUCGCCUCCGCGUGCGCGCCCGCCGGGCAGCUGUGCCGGAGGCCCCUCGGCGAGGCGCUGCGGCUGCUGCUGGAGGCCAAGGCGCGGGCGGAGCAGGAAGGGUACGUGCAGUCGGCGGCCGGCUUCAACGCGGCGCACAGGAGGCCGGCGUUCCCCAAGGCCCGGACGUACCUCAUCUCGGACAUGACCCAGGGGGGGAUGAUGGCGGUGGAUUUCGGGUGGGGCACGCCGGUGUACGGAGGGCCGGCGACGAUCAUUCUGGCCACGUUCCAUCUGGAGGGGAGGAACGAGGCCGGUGAGGUGGGCGUCAACGUACCGACGAGGUUGCCUGUGCUGGCGCUGGAGCGGCUGAAGGUGGAGGUGAGCAAGGGGCUAACGGUCAGCGGUCGGACUGUCACUGAACCUGCGGACAAGAGCAAGUCAGCCUUGGUUCCUGGUCACGCUCUCGCAAAGCUGUAGAAGAGGUGUGGUACUAGGCUCCUGCGUACACAACAUCAAAAAAAGCACCAAGUUCGGCCACUGUUGUGCUUGUGCUUAGUAAUGCAUCUCUCGUGGAUUGUUUCCAUUGUAAGAUGGUUUUUCCUCGGCAUCUUGUUCGGUAGUGUGUUUUUAUCUACUCUAUAUAAUAAUUUGCACAUAUGCACGUGCAUUGCAAGGGGAGAAAAAAUAGUGUGCAUUUAAAUUUAGUUAGAAUUAUAUAUGCAAGCAUAACCAUGCGAGCAUGCCGAUAAGAAACAUUUAGGUUUCGGGUUUCGUCACAUGUGAAAUAAUCAAUCCGCUAUUUUUUCGUUCAUUGAUCAAGGGGAUUUAAGGUAUGAAGUUUGAAAAGGCCAGCGAAUUAUUCAAUCUGUUUUUCAUUCAUUUGAGGGGAUAUCAAGAUAUGAAGUUCCACAAUAUGAAAGUGAGGCGGGUCUUCUUUUUUUCAUGUACAAUCCAUCGAUAACUACCGGAGUUAAUUCUACUCCGCUAUUUUUUCAUUCAUUAAUCGAGGGGAUUUAAGGUGUGAAGUUUCAUAAUAUGGGAGUGAGCCAGGUCUUCUCCUACUCUUCUCUUUUCCUCAGGUAGCAAUCCUCAAGAAAUUCAGAGUCCUUUUCUAGCUAACUCAUGUAUCAAUCCAUCCAUCCUUCGUUCAGCAUAAUCCAUCCAUCCUUCGUCCAGCAUAAUCCAUCUAUACAUGUAGUUUCGCACAUGUACAAAAAUUGAUACGACCCUUAUUUCCUGGGUAGUUGGGCCGGCUAAAUUGUGUGGGUUGUGAAAGGCUCAGGCACCGAAAUGACAUGUCUUUGUAAGGUGCGAGUAAAAAUCCAGAAGAAAUGACAAGUUGAAGGAUCGAGCUCAGGACCUCAAUGACCCGACAAAAGUGCUGCCAUCCACUCAAACAAACAGGUCCUGCUAACCAAUGGGCAGUGCAAAUAUUUAAGAA